AUGACAAGCGAGGUAGCCGAGGGGCAGGCAGGAUUCCCUAUGGCAACGACCGGAAGCUCUCGGGACAUCGCACCGCUCAAACGUGACCACGCGGUUGUACCGUGUCUGCUGAGGGUCAAGAGAGACAUGGCCGACUUCGCGGCCUACCCGCCGCCCGGAGUCUACAUCGCGGCGGCCGACAACGACAUCGCCAACAUCGACGCCAUGGUGAUUGGCCCUCGCGACACGCCGUACGAAGGCGCCUUCUUCAGGUUCCUCAUCGUCUUUCCGACAACCUACCCGAUCGAGCCACCGAGGGUCCGCUUCUUGACCACCGACACCGGCAGGGUGCAGAUGCAUCCGAACCUAGACAAGAACGGCGACGUGACGCUAAGCCUCGUGUCGACGUGGAGUCCUGCCCAGUCAUUGAGCAGCCUGCUCGUUUCCCUGCGAUCCAUGUUCACCGCCGACCCGUUGUACGACGCCCCGCACGCCGUCAGAGGACAGCUCGAGUAUUCGGCCGAGUGCUACCGGCAGUUCGUGCGGCACGAGAGCGUCAGGGUAGCGGUGUGCGACGCCGUGGAAUCUUGCCUCAUGGACGGUCAUCCUCGAUUCCCAAAACCGUUCAGGGAAGUAGUCUUGCGAAGGUUUCUCGAGCACUACGGCAAGUACGAAAAGGCCUUGAUGAAACAACGGUACCUGAACGGGAGCGAAAUGUUCGACCUGAUUGGCGGAACCAAGGGCAACUUUCAGCACGAUGCCCUGCUGGCUCGGCUUCGAGACAUCAAGGAGAAGGUCGAAGAGCGAAACAAUGCCGUAAUUUGUGUGUAA